AUGUAUUACACAAUCUAUGUUCAGUGUUUAUUUUUAAAUGUCCGACAUCGAGUCCGAAAUCGAUAUUGGGCGUCUGAGAGCGAUACGGCUGCAAGGAUCCUGAGGUGGAUCCCUCCUCCGACCUUGUGCAUUUGGCUGAUGACGCCCAAAAGCAACUACCCGGUUGCCCUGUGGAUUAUAAAUCUUUCUGGCAAGGAGAUAAGUCCAUUCGAUGCUCAAACAAUCAUGCCCCGUACACUUGAAUCCCCAGAUGGAGCAAUUGAGAACCCAAGGAUCGAUCAUGUUACCAAGGAACGACGAACGCUGCCGGUGUCCCUGAUGGAAUUUAGUGUUGAUAGGCCAUGA